AUGUGUGCAAAGGCGUGCAUUAUGUUCCCCAACACUGGCACUCUUGGCAAGCCCCAGGGAGCACCCAGCCACUCGUUGGAACAGUCUGGCCUGAUUGAGCGGCUGUUGGAGAUUGCUGCCAACAAAGUCAGCGCCUUUGGGGCCACAGAAGUCACCCUCACUCUGGAUGGCCUGGCUCGCUUGAAACAGCGGCCCUCCUCACUGCUCCUGGAUGCGCUUUCUAAGCAGGCUUGCACGCAUGCAGCAAGCUUGCAGCCCUCACAGGUGCCGCUUAUACUCUGGGCGUUUGCAAUGCUGAACUACAAUCCGCUAGUGGCAGUGCUCUCAGCCCUGGACCAGCAGGUGGAGCGGCUCAGCUCGCAGAUCACUGCCCAGGGCAUCUCCCUGGUGCUGUGGUCAUACCAGACAUGGCGGCAUCACCCAGAGGGCAGCACACUGGCAGCCCUGUCAGCAGCAAUCCGGCAGAGAGUCAUGAGCUUCAAGCCCAGCGAGCUUGCCACCUCCAUGGAUGCCUUCUCAGCUCUGGGCUUCCACCCUGGCAAUGAUGUUGUUCAGGCUGUGGCAUCGCGGGUGGGCUAUGUUGCUGCUCCUGCAGCGCUAGCAACAGAGGUGGUCAACCACCGGGCGAUGGAUGCAUGGUCUGUCGGCUUCCGCCGCGCAGCUGCAGACGUUGUCAACGCGAGCAGCGAAGGCGAGGCUGCCAAGGCACUGUAUGCAGCGGCGCGCACGUCUGCAAAGGAGACGGCCGCGGCCGUUUCGGCUUCCGGCCGCGCUGCAGCUGAGGGGGUGAAGCGCAGGGCGCAGCGCGCAAAGACUGCCCUGAGGGAGGCUGGCGAGGAUUUGGCGAGGGCACCAGCGCAGUCGCUCAGCAACCCCAGAUGA